GCUCUGCCUCAUGAUUUCUGAGCGUUGAGAGGAACUGUUACAGAAUUGAUUUUACUGUAAUAGACCACACAGCGCCGCUAAUGUGAGCAGUUCGUUGCAAAAACAGAAAAAAAAAGACUCUCUUUCAAUUAAUGACACGUUGUGCUUCACGUAAAAGCUAAUGUGAAGCGCAAUUAGGUGAAAUAUGCAGAGAUUGUCAAAAUACGGUUGACUUGCUUCAAAAAAUAUAUAAUUGUUACUGCUAAAACAUAUAUUUUGUUUCCAAAGCGACAAAAUCUGUAAGCAGGAUGGGAACUAUUUCUUCAGGAAAUCUCUGUGGGCGGAGGGAUACAAUCCUUCAGUGCGAAACACGAACAGGUGUAUGACGCAAAACAGUCGGUCAAUGCAGCCGUUCACCAUCAUCACAAAACCAGAGUUACAAGCACACAUCUCGUGCUUUCACCGUUUUUGCAAAAUAUAUGUGUAAUUGUACCACGAAGCACAGCUGUACAGAGAGGAGAUUCAACAUGACCUAAGGGCCUGUGAACCUUGACCUGACCUGCUCCAGCCGGACUCCUCUUUUUAGACGCUAAAGAAACACUCUUAAAACUCCAGGACCAUGUCAACAGGUAAUUACACUCCAGCCCCAGGGGGACCUUUUUCGGCCCUCACACCCAGCAUGUGGCCACAGGACAUUUUGGCAAAGUACUGUCAGAAAGACCCCAAUAUGGAAGCAGAACUGCAGUAUGAUGAAUUUGGGUUCCGGAUCGAUAGUGAAGAUGGAGUUGAGACAAGUAAAUGGCAGCGUGGUGAGGGAGCUCCUCAGAGAGAGGACCCUCAGCAAAGACUUCGCUGGCAAGCCCAUCUGGAGUUCACACACAAUCACACUGUAGGAGACCUGACAUGGGACAAGAUCUCCCCCACCCUGGCUCGCUCUGACCGCCUUCGGACCCUGGUGCUGGGGGGCAUACCACACAGCAUGAGACCACAGUUGUGGAUGCGUUUGUCGGGGGCCCUGCAGAAAAAGAGAACAUCAGAAAUUUCCUACAGGGAAAUCGUCAAAAACAGCUCUAAUGAUGACACCACAGCAGCCAAACAGAUAGAAAAGGAUCUUUUGCGGACCAUGCCCACUAAUGCGUGCUUCAGCACCUUGUCGAGUGUGGGGGUGCCCAAGCUCAGGCGGGUCCUGAGAGGGCUGGCGUGGCUGUAUCCAGACAUCGGCUACUGUCAGGGCACAGGCAUGGUGGUGUCCUGUCUGCUGCUGUUUCUGGAGGAGGAGGACGCUCUGUGGAUGAUGUGUGCUCUGAUAGAGGACCUGCUGCCUCCCUCAUACUUCUCCUCCACACUGUUGGGAGUUCAAACUGACCAGCGUGUGCUCAGACAGCUCAUAGUGCAGUAUCUGCCGAGUCUAGACCAGCUGCUACAGGAGCAUGACAUUGAGCUUUCUUUAAUCACGCUACACUGGUUCCUCACUGCCUUUGCCAGUGUGGUGGACAUCCGCAUCCUGCUGCGAAUCUGGGACCUGCUCUUCUACGAGGGCUCAGUGGUGCUCUUCCAGGUUACGCUGGGCAUGCUGAAGAUCAAGGAGGAAGAACUGGUAUCAUCUGAAAACUCGGCGUCCAUCUUUAACACACUCUCAGAUCUGCCCAGUCAACUAGAGGACGGGGCGGCAGUGCUGGGUGAGGCUGUGCGUCUGGCAGGAUCUCUGUCUCAGGAAAGCUUGGAUGCACACAGACACAAGCAUCUUGCCUACAUCCUGGCAGAGCAGGCCCAGCUCAAUUCCGGCAACUCCCAUUCCCUCCACACCAACCUCAACAAGGUGGUCCGCAGACAGAGCCUGCGUAGGAAAUCCACCCUGAGCUCGCUUCUCUGGGGGGAGGACGAGGUGGAGGCGCUGAAGGCCAAAAACAUUAAACAGACGGAGCUGGUGGCAGCACUGAGAGAAGCCAUCAAUCGGACUGCAGAGCACUUUCACUGCCUGGACCCCCGCAACUGCAGCACUGAUUUGACUCCAGACUAUUCUAUGGAAAGUCAUCAAAGGGAUCACGAGAACUUCCUAGUUGUGUCUCGGAAUCGUCGGAGACGAGCCAAAGCCUUGCUGGACUUUGAGCGGCACGACGAUGAUGAACUGGGCUUUCGGAAGAAUGACAUCAUCACAAUCAUCUCACAGAAAGAUGAGCACUGCUGGGUUGGAGAGCUGAACGGCCUGAGAGGCUGGUUUCCUGCUAAAUUUGUGGAAGUCUUGGAUGAACGAAGUAAAGAGUACUCUCUGGCUGGAGAUGACACUGUAACAGAGGCAGUGAAUGACUUGGUCAGAGGCACGUUGUGUCCUGCUCUCAAGGCCAUCUUUCAGCACGGCCUGAAGAAGCCCUCCAUACUGGGAGGACCCUGUCACCCCUGGCUCUUCAUCGAGGAGGCAGCCAGCAGAGAAGUGGAGAGAGACUUUAACUCUGUCUACUCCAGACUGGUGCUCUGCAAGACCUACAGGUUAGAUGAAGAUGGGAAGGUGCUCACACCUGAAGAGCUUCUUUACAGGGCAGUGCAGUCUGUCAACAUGAGCCACGAUACUGCACACGUUCAGAUGGACGUCAAGUUUCGCUCGCUCAUCUGUGUGGGCUUAAAUGAGCAGGUGCUGCACCUGUGGAUGGAGGUGUUGUGUUCCAGUAUGAAUGCCGUGGAGAAAUGGUACCAUCCCUGGUCCUUCCUGCGCAGUCCUGGCUGGGUUCAGAUAAAGUGUGAGCUCAGAGUUCUCUCAAAGUUUGCCUUCAGUCUCUCCCAAGACUGUGAGCUGCCUACCAAAAAAGAGAAGUCUCCUGUUCUCAAAUCAGAAGUGGUGGAUGUCUUGGUGCAACAUCACCUCUUUAGUUGGGACCUCUAGGUAAUGCUGGCAACUAGUUACUAGCCUGCUGCUUGAUAAUUAGCUGUGGAAGCAGUCAGUGGUGGUAGUAGUGCUUGGUGUGUCCCGCUCUCCUGUUCACUGCUGUUUAAAUAGUGGCUUCACAUAAUGUGAACUAAACCUUUAAAAACCAGUUCAGCAGCUUUUGUGCAGAAUGCCAUUGAAACUCUAAAGCAAAUACUACUCUCCAUUAUGUUUUGUUUCAGACAGAUGCUUGUAUCCCAGUGUGCUUUGAAAGAUAAAGGCCUGCUCACAUCAAGUCCUAUGUAACUAAAUGGCAAAAACUAAUUUUGCUCCAGGGACCGGUUGCAUAAACUGUUUAGACUAGUCUUAAAAAAAAUAGUCACCUAAUUAGUUUUCUUCAAGACUGGUCAUAACUUUAAUUCAGUUAUGAAAAGGAAGAUUGUUCUUAUUUGUAUUGGAAAAGUAAGACUGAUUACCCCUUGGCAACUGCUUGUUGGUCAAACUAGUUCUUAAGACACAGUCUUAACAUGGUGGCUAAGAACUGUUCACAAUGAAACUAAUACAGAUUUUUUUUAUGAGAUUGUUUAAUCACUUUUUUACAAGUGCUCCAUUUUAAUCAUCGUAAUAAAAUAAUUUGUUUUUGAAAGAAGUCUUUUAGCAAGGUUGCAUUUAUUUCAAAAUCAAAAAUGCAGUAAAAUCUGUUAAGGAUUAUUAAAAUAUUGUUGUCUAUUUUAAUAUGCAAAGCUGAAUUUUCAGCAUCAUUACUCCAGUCUUCAGUGUCACAUGAUCCUUCAGAAAUCAUUCUAAUAUGAUGAUUUGAUGCUCUGGAAACAAUUAUUGUUGUUAUCAGUGCUGAAAACAGUUGUAGUUAUGCUGCUUAAUUUUUUUUUUUUUUUCAGGAUUCUUUGAAUUGAAAGUUCAAAAGAACAACAUUUAUUUCCAAAUGUCUUUACUAUUACUUUUGAUCAGUUUAAUGCAUCCUUGCUGAAUAAAGUAUUUGUUUCUUUAAAAAAAAAUUCUGAUUACAAACUUUUGAAUGAUAGUGUUAAAUAUUAUAAUGUUGAUGAUAAACUCAUUGGAAGAUGCCAUUCUCUUUUUUAUUUAUUUAUUGGCACCUUAACAUUUGAAAAAUCCUUUUGGGAUAGGAAUUGAUAGUUAAAUUCUAAAUCUUUGCGUGAGAAGGUUUUAGGGGUGAAUAUUCUGGGUGUCUGACAGACUUCCUGUGAUAAGUUGCUGUCACAUUCAGAGUGGGAAUUGCCAGGUGUUUAACAGAAUGAUGGAUUUAGACUUGAUGCUAAUGGAAGUCAUCACUUUUGUCUGGAAGUAGCACUGGGAGGCAUUAUCUGGUGUUGAGAAUUCCUCAGUGACUCAUUCACCUGAAACAUAAGACCAUUAGUGCUAAUGACGCUAGCUUGUAGAGGACUUUCCGCCCUGACCUUUAGAUGUGGUGUUAGUGCACUGUGCUUCUCGUGUCACUGUGACCUUCUUGUCUCGAGCUCUCAAGCACUGAUAGAGUGCCAUGUUUAAUUACGGCAAGAAUGCUGAGCACAGCCAUUUGUUUUUAAUUAGUUCAACCAUUCGAGGCAACGGAGCAUUGUUUAAUCAGCGCAGUGCAGAUGUAAAGACACAUUACCGAAUGGCUCACUUUACCCA